UUUUGAUUAUAGUUAAAAUAAGCGCUAUCUCCAUCCAUACUAAGAUUUCAUAUAAAAUGCAUGUGCCAUUGCUGUAUUAAUCUUUAUAUUAAAAUAAAAUGAAAAAAUUAUUUAUAAUAAAUGCAUAUCUGCUUCCCCUAGAGCUGAGAUUCGGAAAUCAUGGCCCGGAUGUUGACUACUAUUACAGUGUUGUUUGUUGCACAAACAUUCUUGCUAUUGUUGCACUUCUGGAGAAAUAAUUUGCCAUCAAACAAAGAGGAAAAAACUCACCUACUUAUACUUUCUUCAUGGAGGUCAGGAUCUUCAGUCGUUGGCCAUAUUUUCAAUCAGCACCCUGAUGUCUUCUUCUUGAAUGAACCAGCCUGGCAUGUUUGGGUUUCCAUGUUUCACAAUGAUGCUGAUAUGCUGCAGAUGUCAGUAAGAGAUGUACUCCGAUCAGUCUUCCGUUGUGAGAUUUCUGUUUUUGAUGCAUAUAUUCAAGAAGCUAGGAAAAUGUCAAACUUGUUUAUGUGGGCGACAAGCAGAGCCCUGUGCUCACUUCCAGCAUGUGAUGCCUUUCCACGUAAUGAAAUUACAAAUGAAAUGAUUUGUAAAAGACUUUGUGCAAAGUAUCCAUUUGAUCGAAUUGAAGAAACAUGCAAAUCGUACAACCAUUUGGUCAUAAAAGAAUUCCGUCUCUUUGACAUCAAAGUCCUUUAUUCUCUUCUGACCGAUUACUCGCUGAAUUUGAAAAUUAUUCAUUUGGUCCGUGAUCCCAGAGCUAUUGGUAAUUCCCGUGAGCAAGUUGCAUGGGCUUUAACUCGUGACAAUAAAAUUGUUCUCAAAAGCACUGGACGAGGUGUCAAUGACAGCUUCUCUACCAUUAUGUCAAAAAUCUGUCAAAGCCAUGCCCGGAUGUAUAAAACAGUGGCUUCCAGUUCUUCUAUUUUCCUUAAAAAUCGGUAUAUGUUGGUAAGGUAUGAAGAUGUAGUUAGACAACCUGUAAGAGAAAUGAGACGAAUGUAUGAAUUUGCAAAUUUGAAACCGAAUACCAAACUUGAACAGUGGAUAUACAAGAUAACACACGGGGAGGGAACAGGUAAGAAGAAGGAAAAAUAUGAAAUCACCCCCAGGGAUGCAGACAAAGUGUCAAAGGCUUGGAGGCAUAUUCUUGCUUUCAAGAAACUUAAGUUGAUACAGGAUGCAUGUGGGGAAGCCAUGGCUACAUUCGGGUACAGAUUUAUGCAUUCAAUAGAACAGCAGAGAAACCAGUCAAUGGAUUUUGUUCUACCAAAGCCACAGUUCUAGUAGUAGGAUAUAAAAAGACAAAGUUUGUAUUUUUGUUCCUUAGCUAUAAAAUAAAAACAAAUUAACAAUU